CUCUCUCUCUCUCUCUCUCUCUCUCUCUCUCUCUCUCUCUCUCUCUCUCUCUCUCUCUCAGAACAAAAGAAGAAAACGCAAGAGACUUUCUAGAUCCUUCUUCUUCCUCUUCUAAUCCCUCACCUGAUUCUCAAGUUAUCAUCGACCAUGAUCUCUGUCGUAAUCCUCGCUGAGCUACUGGUGGAGUACACAUCAGCUCUCGCUAAACUCACCGCCGGGAUGCUUCCUAGACGGCAAGGCGAGGACAGAAACGUCGUAAGAGUUGGCGGUUUCAUCUUGCCUUGUCCUUCUCCUUCGAGUACUAACCGGUCGUCGCCGUUUCCUGACUUUUCUUCUCAUCUCGUAGACUUCUGAUCUGCUCGAAGACUUUUUAAUCAAAGACUUUGCUUCGGGUCUUCUCCUCUUUCUUGAUCUAAACUAAGAGUGACGGCUGAGGUUUUUUCCACUGAGUGUAUCUCUGCCUCUCUUUCUCUAGAUUGUGAUGAACUCUGUAAAUUUUUGUAUCGAAAUAUAAUAGAAAGUUAUAUAUCUUUGAUGAA